AUGGCACCACCUAGUUUCCCACCAGAAGAGCUCCGCCACAUAGUUCAAGAAGUAGCCACGCUUCUGAAAGAGCGCAAAGAAACAGUUUCAGUAGCGGAAACCGCAGCAGGUGGACUCCUCUCUGCAACGCUCCUCUCCUUCCCAGGCGCCUCAACCUACUACCGCGGCGGCUUAACCCUCUACACGCUCGAAUCGCGCAUCGCAUUCGCAGGCUGGACGCAAGAAACGAUAUCCUCGUACAGCGGCCCCACGCCGUCCAUCGUCUCAGGUCUUGCCGAACACACGCGCAGCACACUCGGCAGCACAUACACGGUAAGCGAGAGCGGGACAGCUGGACCUACGGGGGGAAGCACUCGCAACCGCACGCCAGGCUAUGUGGCUCUUGCAGUGGCGCGCUCAGGUGGUGCGACGGUGACGCGGGAGGUGGAGACGGGCAGUUCAGAGCGCGAGGCGAACAUGGUGGCCUUUGCGCUGGAGGGGUUGAGGUUGCUAAGGGAUGUGAUCAAGGGGGAGGAGGUGGGCAAGCUGUGA